UCCUUCUGCCGCUCUUCCUUUCUGUUUCCGGUCUGUGCUGCCUCUCCUUGCCUCUCCCAGCAGGGCAGGGCAGAGUUCUCCAUUACUGCUAGCCCCAGGGUUGCUUCACCAGCCCUUGGUGGUUUCCCUUAACCCUGCCUGUACCUCUGUAAAUAGUUCCUUCACUAAACUCCCCACAAUUCCUCUUUGAGGCACCACAUGUUUCUUAGUGGCCUCCUAUUGAUAUACACUGAAGGGUUGAGUGACUUUCCCAGGGUCACACAAAGAAUGACAACACAAUGGAGACGGCUCUAACGCAAAAAAGGGUGGUGUCCUUCUUGGUUUUGCCAGGCUGCCCAGCGCGCCCCCCGGCCCCCCCGGAUCCUCGGCCCUGCCCAACCAGAGCAAUCUGUGAUCCCUUUGUUGGGGUGGGAUUGAAUUCCCUAGAGCUCCCUUCCCAGACCUGGCCAGCAACUCCAGUAACCAGAGCUGUGUGAGAAGAGAAAGCCAGGCCACUGGGGUGAUCAGCCACACCCUGAACAGAGGUGAGGUCUCAGGUGAGUCACUGCCACGGAGGGGCCACCUCCUCUGUCCCAAGGGCCUGGGCUCCCCUACAGCCAUGCCUCACCGAGGACCCAGGGCCUCAGCCUCCCAGCACUGGCCGCCCUCUCCUUCCUCCCCGACCCACAGGGUUCCCACGCAACCGUGUCCUGGGGCUGGGACAUGUGCCUCCCACCCCCACCUUGGGCCUCCAGAGAUGUGAGAUGCUCACAGUGCUCUGGGUGGGGCCUUAGUCUCCCUACUUCCCCUUCCAGCCCCACAUCCUCUCAGAUUGCCAGAGAUGGGCUCCAGCCAGGGAGGGUGGGGCUGGUCCUGGGACCAUCGGGUGUCACGGGCUGCCUAGGCAGGGACAGAGCUGUGGCGGGGAGCAGACCUUCACUCAUCUCCGUGCCUCCGGCUGACCCAAAUGUGCCAUGUCCCGGCACCUGCUCCUUCCACUGGUGAUCCUCGGUAACUUCAGAGACAGGAGACGGCUUUGAUGGGCCUGGGUCCUGAGUCCGAAAGCAGGACUUCUGGGUCCUGUGUGGGUAGUGGGGGCGUCAGAGGAAGGGAAGGACAAGGUCAGAAACAGGACGGAGGACUGCGUCAGAAGGGAGAGGAAUGGUGUAUGAGAGGGGGAUGGGGCCGAGCGUCCCGGGGAGACGGAGCAGCCGGAAAGCUUGUGGGGGAGGGGAGUCACGGAGGCCGCUCAGUGUCGGUCCCCAGCCUCUUCCUGCUUCCCUCUUUCCAGCCUUCAGCCCCAUCCCAGGAGCUUUCCAGGACUCAGCUCUCAGUCCCGCCCAGGAAGAACCUGAUGAUCUAGACUGCGGUCGCCCCGAGCCCUCUGCCCGAAUCGUGGGGGGCUCAGACGCGCCGCCAGGCCGCUGGCCGUGGCAGGUGAGCCUGCAGCAGCGUGGGGGCCACGUCUGCGGGGGCUCCCUCGUCGCCCCGUCCUGGGUGCUCUCCGCGGCUCACUGCUUCCUGACGAACGGGACCUUGGAGCCCGCGGCCGAGUGGUCGGUGCUGCUGGGCGCGCACUCCCAGGACGGGCCCCUGGACGGCGCGCACGUCCGCGCGGUGGCCGCCAUCCUCGUGCCGGACAACUUCACCCGCGUGGACCUGGGCGCAGACCUGGCCCUGCUGCGCCUGGCCUCGCCCGCCCGGCUGGGCCCCGCCGUCCGGCCCGUCUGCCUGCCGCGCGCCUCGCACCGCUUCGCCCACGGCGCGGCCUGCUGGGCCACCGGCUGGGGGGACAUUCAGGAAGACGACCGCCUGCCUCUCCCGUGGGUGCUACAGGAAGUGGAGCUGAGGCUGCUGGGAGAGGCCGCCUGUCAGUGUCUCUACAGCCGGCCCGGCCCCUUCAACCUCACUUUCCAGCUCUUGCCAGGGAUGCUGUGUGCUGGCUACCCGGAGGGCCGCAGGGACACCUGCCAGGGAGACUCUGGGGGUCCGCUGGUCUGUGAGGAAGGCGGCCGAUGGUUCCAGGCGGGAAUCACCAGCUUUGGCUUUGGCUGUGGACGAAGGAACCGUCCUGGAGUCUUCACCGCUGUGGCUCCCUACGAGGCCUGGAUACGGGAACGGGUCAUGGGCUCCGAGCCUGGGCCCGCCUUUCCCAGCCGUUCCGGGGAGCCCCAGUCGGGUCCGCGGGAGCCCAGGGAAGGGAACUGCACCAUCGCCCUGCCAGAGUGCGGGAAGGCCCCAAGGCCAGGGGCCUGGCCCUGGGAGGCCCAGGUGAUGGUGCCGGGAUCCAGACCCUGCCUUGGGGCGCUGGUGUCCGAGAGCUGGGUCUUGGCACCCGCCAGCUGCUUUCUGGACCCCGCCCGCCCCGACGGCGCGCCCGGCGGCCUGGACAGCUGGCGCGUGCUGCUGCCCUCGCGUCCGCGCGCCGAGCGGGUGGCGCGCCUCGUGCCGCACGACAACGCCUCGUGGGACGCCGCGGCCGACCUGGCGCUGCUGCGGCUGCGCGCGCCCGUGGACCUCCGCGCGGCCCCGCGGCCGGUGUGCCUCCCGCGCCCAGACCACUACUUCCUGCCCGGGAGCCGCUGCCGCCUGGCCCUCUGGGGUCGCGGGGAGCCCGCGGCCGGCCCCCACGCCCAGCUCGAGGCCGAGCUGUCGGGCGGCUGGUGGUGUCACUGCCUGUACGGCCGCCAGGGGGCGCCGGUGCCGCCGCCGGGAGACCCGCCGCACGCGCUGUGCCCCGCCUACCAGGAGGAGGAGGAGGCGGGCCGCUGCUGGAACGACUCGCGCUGGAGCCUUCUGUGUCAGGAGGAGGGGACCUGGUUCCUGGCCGGAAUCGGCCCCCUCUCCAGUGGCUGCCUACGUCCCAGAGCCUUCUACCCGCUGCAGACCCACGGCCCUUGGAUCAGCCAUGUGACUCGGGGAGCCUACCUCGAAGACCAGCUGACCUGGGACUGGGGCCCUGAGGGGGAGGAGACUGAGACACAGACGUGUCCCCCCACCACAGAACACGGGGCCUGUGGCCUGAGACCAGAGCCCGCUGCGAUGGGGGUCCUGUGGCCCUGGCUGGCAGAGGUGCACGUAGCUGGAGGUCGAGUCUGCACGGGGAUCCUCGUGGCCCCAGGCUGGGUCCUGGCAGCCACUCACUGUGUCCUCAGGCCAGGCUCUACAACCGUCCCUUAUAUUGAAGUACACCUGGGCCGGGCAGGGGCCACCCCCCUCCCACAGGGCCACCAGGUAUCCCGGUUGGUCAUCAGCAUCCGCCUGCCCCGGCACCUAGGACUUCGGCCCCCCUUGGCCCUCCUGGAGCUGAGCUCCCGGGUGGAGCCCUCCCCAUCAGCCUUGCCCAUCUGCCUUCACCCAGGGGGUGUCCCCCUGGGGGCCAACUGUUGGGUCCUGGGCUGGAAGAGCUCCCGGGACCGAGUCCCUGUGGCUGCAGCUGUCUCCAUCUUGAUGCCUCGACUCUGUCACUGUCUCUAUCAGGGCGUUCUGCCCUCUGGGACUCUCUGUGUUCUGUACUCAGAAGGUCAGGAGGACACAUGUGAGGUGACCUCAGCACCUCCACUCCUGUGCCAGACCGAGGAGGGCUCCUGGGUCCUCGUGGGCAUGGCUGUGCGAGGGAGCCGGGAGCUGUUUGCUGCCAUCGCCCCUGAAGAGGCCUGGAUCUCCCAGACAGUGGAGGAGGCCCAUUUUCUGCCUCCCAGUGGCUACCCCUACUGGACCGCAGAAGGCAGCGAUCUCUGUCCCCCCGACAUGGCCAGGGCCUCAGGCUCCCCUCAGGCUGCUCUGUUCCUGCUGCUACUAACGCCCCUGAUCCAGGGCUGAGGGACCCGGGGUCUCUGGCCGCUCAACCUUCCCUCCCCCCCACUCCCUCCUGCCUUGCACUUCCCGCCCAGCAGGGCUGGAAUGUGGCCCAACCGGCUUUGUUCCCUGCCGGAACCUCCGGAGCGCCUCACCCUCCUGGGCUGCAGCGGCUUUGGACAAUUGGGUCCCAGUGCCCGGCUAUUUCGGGCACGGGAAUCCUUGGGGGCAGCGGGAAGCGGACAAUAAAGGUGUAAACACAGACA